UGUAUAUAAACUAAGUUUUCUAGGAGUCCCUUCUUUUCGAACUAAAACUGGCAGAGAUGAGCUUACCAAGGGAAGAAAGGAGAAAUGCUACAGCACUAAACAACCAAAUGACGUUAGAGGAGGGAAACAAGAUGUAUCCUGCCUUCAACUGGACAAAUCAUGUUCGAAAUAUUCUAGAUAAUCCGGAGGUGCCAAUAAACUCCAGCGAGGUGAUAAAUGUAGCUGUACCAGUUUAUGUACAGAAGUUGGCUGUGUACAUGCCCAGUGUACCAGCCCGUGUACAAGCUAAUUACCUGCUCUGGAGGUUUAUUAAGGGAAUGGUAUCAUUUUCCGACAAGGAGGCUAGACAGAUUCAGCUGAAGUAUAAUAUGGUUCUCACAGGAAAGGAACAGGAAAGUCCAAGGUGGGAAACUUGCGUGAAAACAACUUCAGGAAACGGAGAGAAUUAUUUAUACUUCUAUGAAGGUUCUUUAACAAACGCAGUUGGAGCAAUGUAUGCCAAGGAAUAUUUCCCUGAGAGCAGUAAACAGAUUGCUGAUGACAUGGUUUCCAAUAUCAAAAAAGAGUUUAAGACUAUGCUAGAUGAGCUAGAUUGGAUGGAUGAUAUUAAACUAAUGUUUAGGAAAGAGUUUAAGACUAUGCUAGAUGAGCUGGAUUGGAUGGAUGAUAUUACAAGAAAGAAGGCCCAUAGUAAGGUGGAUAAAAUGAUGCCAUUUAUUGGUUACGCCAAAGAAAUUCUAGAUGAUAAACUUAUCAACGAGCACUAUAAAGGAUUAGAUUUAAACUCUCCUAGUUACUUGAAGAACUUCUUAAAGCUGAAGACCUUCAUCAACGAGUACUACGUCAAGGUGUUCAGGGACCCAAUUGACAACCACAGCUGGAAGACUCAUGGUGGUGCUGCUAUUGUGAAUGCAUUCUAUAGUCCUAAUGAGAACUCAAUUCAGUUCCCAGCUGGUAUCCUGGAUGGUGUAUUUUUUAAGGAUGACCGGCCCAGCUAUAUGAACUACGGUGCUAUCGGAGUGGUUGUUGGACAUGAGAUCACCCAUGGUUUUGAUGAUACUGGAAGUCAGAAGGAUGGUGAUGGUAACCUGGUAGAUUGGUGGGAGCCCCAAACUAAGAAGAAAUAUCUAGAACGAGCCCAGUGCAUCAUAGACCAGUACAGUAACUUCACCGUGGAAGUAGUUGGAGAAAUCCUUAAUGUUAACGGAAUAAAUACCCAGGGGGAGAAUAUUGCUGAUAAUGGUGGUUACAAGGAGGCUUACAGAGCCUACGAGAAGCUAACUAAGGAGCAAGGGGAGGAGCUUUCUCUACCUGGAUUACCCUACACCCCUCGUCAGCUGUUCUGGAUAUCAGGAGCAGCUGUUUGGUGUAAUAUAUUGAGGGAGGAGGCCCUGAAGAAUAGGGUUCUUACCGAUCCACAUGCACCCGGCAGGUACCGCGUGAAUGGUUCCUACAGAAAUCAGAAGGAGUUCUCCAAGGACUGGAAUUGUCCAAAAGGUUCAAACAUGAACCCGGAGAAAAAAUGUUCCGUCUGGUGAAUCAUGUUUUUUAACUUUAAAGGACUGUUUACCAAUUUUAAAUCCAACAAAACAUUUUUUUCAAACUUUAAAAAUUUCUGGGCGCCUGAAAAUUCAAUACUUUUUGUUUUAAUAUCCAAAGCAAAAGACCAGUGUUUUUCUAGCAAAUUUGGUGGAUUUUAAACUAUUUUCCAAACAUAAGUGUUAAUUUUUAAAUUAAGUAAUUAAUAAUGAUAAAAUGAAUGUUGUUGCAAACAGUAUCGAAUAUUCUAGCGCUACAGGGAAAUUUAUUACCCUUUUUUCUUAUUCUUAUUUCUUAUUCACUAUCUAUGUAUGUAUUUAACAUAUUCAAGAAAAUAAAUAGAAACCGAAAUUUUAAUAGAAAUUAAAACAAUUUAUAAUAUUAUUUAUGCAUAUUUAUAUAGGGUACAAAUCUUGAAAACAUAGUUUCCGCAGACAAAUUGUUAAAUCUGCAAUUUAUACAAAGCACAAUUCUUUAUAAUCUUUAAGUAAAUAUUGGAAUUAAAUGCAAGAUCUAGGAUUUUCAAAA